GAUAAUGCGAAAGUUUAUCAGACAUUUUGUUUCGAGAUAUCAUCAUCGAUAUCUCCACGUAUAAAUUACAAGGCCCAGCGUUACCGCUUCUAAUCACAGAUCAGUUGUGUAACGAGCCCGGACCUGACUACAGCAAACAUGGACGUGAAAAAUAAAAUCGCUCUGGUCACCGGAGGUGCGAACGGAAUAGGUUUCGCCUACGUCAGAGAACUCUUGAAGAACGGAGCUGCGCACGUGGCUCUUCUGGAUCUGGCAAACUCGAACGGCGACGAAUCCGCGAGAAAAUUGAACGAGGAAUUCGGAGCGGAUCGAGUGCUCUUCGUCGUCUGCGACGUGACCAAGUCGGAGGAAUUCGAAGCGGCGUUCGCCACGACCGUCAAAGAGUUCGGCGGCCUCGACAUCGUCAUCAACAACGCUGGAAUAAUGGACGACGCGAGAUGGGAGCUCGAGAUCGCGAUAAACUACACCGCCGUCGUCCGCGGAACUCUGCUCGGCUACCGGUACAUGGGUAAGGACAAAGGGAACAAAGGGGGCGUCAUCGUCAACAUAUCAUCGGUCGCAGGACUAGUGACGGGUCCAACUUUCCCCAUUUACAUCGCGACGAAGCACGCAGUCAUCGGCCUGACUAGAUCGUUCGGACUGCCUUAUCACUUUGAGAAAACAGGCGUUCGAGUAGUCGCGAUGUGCCCGUUCUUCACCAACACACAACUGAUCACGGCGUCCGCCGGACGAACUCUCGAAAGUGUGUCGGCGGAAGAUCUUGAAAAAUCAAUUUCCCCCUACCCCAUGCAAACGCCUGAGAGCGUCGCUGAAGGUGUUCUGCACAUCAUACGAGUUGGAGAUAAUGGCAGCCUCUGGGUUGUCCAGAAUGGAGAACCGGCGUUUGAAGUCCAGGUGGCCGAUCAGCCGGUGAAAAAGGUUUCUGCCUGAGGCUAGCGAUAAAUCAGGCUGGAUCAGUUGGAUUGUGACAAAAGUCUUUCAAAUUUAUUACUUACGCGCCAGCUUCGGUCGAUCCGAAACUUGGGAAACAAACCUCUGCGAGAAUAGUUUGACAAAAUUUUGGUCUUCUGUCACAAUUCCGCAUUUAAUGUACUUCCAGGAUUAAAUAAAAAAAUUGAAUCGUAA